AUGACUGUCGAUGAUAUUUGCGAAUUGAAUUAUUUGGAUGAAUCAUCGACAUAUGCUUCGAAUAUUUUGAUUGCUAUCAAUCCAUAUGAAAGUAUUGAAGAUCUGUAUAUAAAAGAAAUCCCAAAAUAUAAUGGAGCAUACAGGAAUCUCCCACCACACAUUUACGCUACUGGUAUCACUAGUGAAGUGGGGGAAAAUAUGAAAAUUUCAAAAAAUCAACAAUCGAUACUGAUCACGGGUGUAUCGGGGUCAGGCAAAACAGAAAACGCAUUUCGGAUAAUCGAGUUUCUUUGCCGUACAUCUCAUAGUUCGGUUUCCAAAGAUAUAGCCAAAUCAUGUCCCAUUAUGGACGCAUUUGGAAAUGCACGUACUAGUGCAAAUGCAAACAGCUCCAGGUUUUGCAAGCUCAUUGAAUUGUUCUAUAAUGAAGAAUUCAAUCAAUCUGGAGCGAAUAUACAAUAUCAUUUGCUAGAAGUAAAUCGAGUUUGCGCAAGGAAUUCACGAGAGUCAAAUUUUCAUGUGUUUUAUUUACUGCUUUUUGGCGCACCAAGUGAUUUGUUGAAUAAAAUAAUGCUUAAUUCGACAAUUAUUUAUCAAUAUUUACCGGACAAAGAAUUUGUCAAAAAUUCUUACAACGAUUCAAAAUUUAAUGCUAUUGACACCAGUCUACAUAGUUUUGGUUUGACACGCGAUGAAAUAAAUUCCGUGUAUAUGGUUUUAUCAGCGAUUCUUAAUUUAGGAAAUAUCCAAUUUGAAGCAAACGAAGACGAAAGUUGCUACAUAACGAGUGUAUCGGAAUGUUUUUUGGAUAACUCGGCACAUUUAUUAAAUAUCGACACAUUUCAGCUAAAAGAUGCUUUAACCAACCGUUCGAGAGAAAUAAGCGGACAACAAAUUAAAUCUCCACUGACAAAAGGCGCUGCCGAAAAAAUAAGAGAUAGUCUCUCUAAAAGUUUAUACAAUAAACUUUUUAGUCAACUAAUACAAUAUAUAAAUAACUUUUAUUCAACUCCGUCAUCUUCGUAUUCAAUCGGAAUAAUGGAUAUUGCUGGUUUUGAAUGCUUAACGGAAAUGGAUAAUACGUUUGAUCAGUUGUGUAUCAAUUAUGCUAACGAACGUAUGCAGGAAUUUUUCAUUGACCGGACGUUAUUAAAGGAAAAGCAAUGGUACGAUGCUCAAGAACUGGAUAUCGAUUUUGUAUCUUUCUUUAAUAACAACCACAUUGUCGGAUACGCAUUUUGUUCGAUGCAUUAA